ACUCUGAACAUUUGAUAGACCAAAAAAGGGUCCAAGGCGGCGUGACUUUUCUGUCAAUCUGCAUUCACAGGAUUAAUAUUUUCCGGUACCACUCGUAUUUGGGUAAACGUGGUUUCCCGGACUGUGCUUGGCAUGCUGCGGCGCAACAAUGCCGAUCCGGUCAUACGGCAGUUUAUCCUGCGCACGGCAGUCCUCAAUUAUCUUGGCAAGAGUCUGCGACAGCAGUAUAAUGAAUAUUGCGUUUUGAGCGUGAAGAUUGGGAGUGAUCAAGAGCUUACGGACCUGCCGACUGUUUCCGAGCCAUUUGAGAUGCAACGGGUAAAGACGGCUGCCACCCAUCGUCUGCUGAUGCGGGAGUACCAAGAACUGUUGGCCUACAUGAUGGACAAGAGCGAUCUGUGGGACAGUCCGGAGUACUUCAAGGCCAAGGCGGCCCUUGGGGCGGCUAUCCACAAUCUACGGGUUUGUGCACCCACCACACCAUUGGACUAAAACCAGCCGAGAGGGACAUUUGCCAACGAUAAACAACAAUUCCAUUCAAUCAGUAUAUAUACAUACAUAGUGAAACGAUC